AAAUAAUAAAGACUUACUUUGUUCUUCGCUUCUGUUACACUUUCGCGCUUGCUAGCGAUAAGUGGUGCGGCCGGGUCCGCGCAGCCAAGCGGUGGCGGGCUUGGCGCAGCAUGAUAUACACUGCCUUGGACAACUUCUAUCUUACAGAUGAAGAGCUUGCCAAUAGUCCGUCUAGGAAGCACGAUAUAGACGAGGAAACAGAGACGACCCUACGCAUUUUCGGCUGCGAGUUGAUACAGGAGGCAGGAAUCCUGCUAAAAUGUCCCCAGGCUGUCAUGGCCACGGGGCAGGUGCUCUUCCAGCGCUUUUUCUGCAGGAAGAGCAUGCGAGACUACAACGUGCGGCGCAUGGCUUGUGCUUGCCUGUUUCUGGCAACGAAGCUAGAAGAAAGCCACAAGCGGACACGGGACAUCCUCAUGGUGUUUGACCGGAUCAACAAGCGGCGGGAUGGCAGCAAAAGUCUCCCUUUGCUGAUUCCUGAAACCAACUUGCUGACAUGCACAAGACGGUGGGUGCUCGUCUGUGGUGCUCGUGUAGGAAUAUAACCUGAUGAAGGAGCGGGUCAUCACGUACGAGCGGAUCCUGCUCAAGACCUUCGGGUUCAUCAUCCAUGCCGUCCACCCGCACAAGUACGUGAACAGCUUUGUUCACAGCCUGGAGGGAAGCGACGAGCUGCAGCAGCUUGCGUGGAACAUCCUGAACGACAGCCUGCGGACGACUCUUGGCGUGCGCUUCAAGGGUCACGUCGUGGCGGCGGGAGCUAUCUACCUGGCGGCCCGGCGCUUGCAGGUUCCGCUACCGGAUCAUCCGCCCUGGUGGGAGGCCUUCAAGGUGCCCACCGAGCAGCUGGUGGAGGUGGUCCUCACCCUGCACAACCUCUACCUGCGGCCCAAGGCGCACUACAUCGAGGUCAACCCAGACGUCCUCAAGCACCAGGCUAUUAGCGGCAUCGGAGUGGCGAAGCAGCUAACCCCGGGCCCUGAGUGUAACGACAGCCCGGCAGCCCAGGAAUCGAGUAUGGUCCGCGGGGACCUUGCAUCCGUACUGGCUGUAGGUGGCCCGCCGACGACGGGACCGGUUGCGACAACGACUGCCGGUGCUGCGCCGGUUGCCACGUCGACUGCCGCAGGCCCUGGCGGGGCGGCAGAGAUGCUGGCAGCAGCCGUCGCAGCGGCCCAGCAACGGCUGCAGAGCGCUGCGCUUGCGGCGGGAGCUGCGGGAACGACGACAGCUGCUGUCCAGAAGCCAGAACCGGACGUCGUCUCUACGGCACAGGGAGCCAACGGUCAGACGGUUACGGGCGGUCCCGGCAACGGUGCUGCUGCGUCCGGUGGGGAUGGAGCUGCAGUUCAGUCGCGGAAACGCAGCCGAAGCCGCGAGCGCAGCGAGGGCGACGAGGGGAAGAAGCGUCGCGACGGAAGCGCCUCACGCAGUGCGUCCUGCAGCAGAAGCAGAAGCCGCAGCAGGGACAGGGGCCGUCGGAGCCGUAGCAGGAGCCGUGAGCGCGACAGGCAGUGGGACAACAAGCAACGCGGCAAUGGGCGUCGCGGCGGCAACCGAAGCCGCAGUCGUAGCCGCAGCCGAGAUCGCCGCGAGCAGUACCGGGAACGGCGGGACCGCGAUUGGGAGCGUGAGCGUGACAGGGAGCGAGAGCGUGAACGGGACCGGCGAGAACGUGACGGCCGGGGAGAGCGGGCCAGGGACCGAGAGUGGGAGCGAGAGCGUGAACGGGAGAGAGGAAGGGACUACCGGCAGACGGAACGAGACGCACGUGGCGCGGGCAAGGACGAUGGCAGAGACGGCAGAGAUCGGAAGGACAGCGUCCUUCCACCGCCACCGCCUCUGCCGCCUCGUCAUCCGGACCGCCGGCGCUGAUGACGUCGUCCCAGGAAGGGUCUGGAAACACCGGACGACGGCCACUGCUGGUGCUCAGGUGUAGGAGGCUUGACUACAAUCUCAUGUGCAGGCCGGUUCAAACCCCAGGCUUCAUGCAUUGGUUCAGGCAAAGCUUGUGCCGGGUAGCUAUUGGCAGGGCAAUGGGUCUACGCAUACACCUUUAAACUGUGAACUGGGACGCUUAGCAUGUGCAUUCUUACCCUUGAUACAAAAACGCGAAAAACAUAAAUCAUUGUUGUUGAUGCUGCUGUUGUGACUUAACAGUGUUUGUCUUAGGAUGGAGCGAGCUUGCCUUGGCCGAGAAUGUUUGAGCAGGAGCGGAUUCAACUGUCGGGAGGCCCGUUUGACAGAGUAUAAAAAGGCGUAUCAACAGGUGGGCGCUGGCAUGCCAUUAUAGACGGGACGGUAUGCAUAUGCAUCUGGGACUCGGGACCAUUCUCAUUUAAACGUGUGGAGGAGUCCAGGAAUUCUGGCACUUUGUCGUGCUGAUUGCACGCUGUGGGUUACUAGCAAAACUGCUGCUGUGGGUUCCGUACGUAGAAACGUGUGAAGGUCGUGGAACAUUACACAACCUACUCUUGCCACUUUCUUUUUCUGUCUGCGCUUGGGGAUGCAAGCGGGAGACUAGUAGGGAUGUGGAUGAAUGGUAGUGUGCCCUGCCAUGUGCAGGGCCGUGCAGGUACGCCUAAAAGCUGGCGCCGUCGAUUGCACAAUUUUGAGGUGUUGCUGCGACACACCAUCUGCUCAGAUGUGAAGGACGCGACAGCAGUCCUACCUUGACUGUAGGUAGGUUCAGCUGCUGUCGAGAGUGAAGUGACAGGUCGAAUGGUAGACCAUGCGAAUUUGACCGCAUGACGAUGGUACAUAUUGCACACAAACUCAUAUUAUGGCAAUUACAAUUUAAUUGCAAAAGUGUAACAAAGCGGAUUUAA